UGGGCCCCACAUCGGAAAAUCGACAUCCAAUACAGUAUAUACAUCCCUUACCAUAGCAGCACGCACCACACCACACAACGUUGAUGACAUAACAUAACUUCACUUUCAAGGCCAAUCCUAUUUACCUUUCAUUUUUCCCUUCUCACAAAUUCACAUUUUUCCCCCUACCCUUUAAGUAUAACACCAAACACGCACGCACACGCGCAUAUUCAUACAUACCCUUUGCACAUUCUUCUUCUUCUUCUUGUUCUCUUUCUCUCUCUGAAGCAAGUGCAGAGCAAUUAAUAACUCAAGUUUUGGGUCACUCCGUGACCGUGAUGAUCGUAAAGUUAUUGUCUUUUGAGUGAUGGGUUUGUGCUCUUCGGUCCCCAGAAACGCUAACGAAGACAUGAAGCUCAAACUCUCGUUCGGUUCAAAAUCUGAGAAGCUUGUGAUUCCUCCAACAUCCAUCAAGGGACAACAACAACAACAACCCCAAAAUGGGUGGUCAACGGCUCGGUCAACGACCACCUUCACUGACCAUGGUAGCAAAGAGGAAGCCUUUUUUGAUUCCAAGGCCUGGUUAGACUCAGAUUGUGAAGAUGAUUUCUAUAGUGUCAAUGGUGACUUUACACCAUCUAGAGGGACCACACCAGUUCACCACACUUUUGGGACCCCUUCUAGGAAUAGAAUUCAUGGCUCUAUGGCUGAAACAUCCCCAGAAAAGAAAAAGAAAUUGUUAGAGCUUUUUCGCGAAAGUGUCAAAGAUGACCAAGGUGAUGUUCAUGGACACAAAGAAGUCAAGCCAACUAUACAAGAUGUUAUUAUGCCUAAAUCUGCACAUUGCACUCCUUAUCUCUCAGAGGCUAACUCUGCCUGUAGUAGUGAAAGGACCAUGAGCAUGAGCGAGGAUCGUUCAUCCAUUAGAGAGAAAUCAGUCAAGUCUUUGCAGUGGUGCAUUCCAAGCUUGUCUUCAUGCCGAAGCUUUCGCGAGAGGAGGCCAAAGACGAGUCCUGCAGUAGAAGUAAAUGGAAAACAUUGACUUCUCUUGCAAUCAGAUGAACCAAAGUUUCUCUUAUGAGUUUAAUUUAUAUACACUGUCAAUGUAAAACAUUUUUACAUAGAUAUCCUAUAAGAUUUGAUCGUUUUAUCAAGUUAUCUUAUUCAUUAAUAUAAUAUGAUGAUAAGAUAAAUUAUUAUUGGAUGUUUAUGUAAAACUGUUUUACACUGAGAGAGUGUAUAUAAGUUAAACUAAACUUGUAUUUGAUAUCCAAGAAGGUAAAGUAGUCGAAUUAAAUUUUGGUAAUGUACAUCAAUGUAUCUCUGGAAAGAACCAAGCAAAAUGAACUUGAAAGCAUGUAAACAUGAGCAAAAGAGAUGCUGUAAAUCAUUAUGUAAUGAAAUUUUUUCUGCCAGUAA